UUCCCCUUUAAAUUUAUUUUUCAGAAAAUUCCGAAAAAUGAUUUUUCCAAAAAUUUAUUUUUCCUUUUUCUAUUUAUUUUGUUUGAUUUAUUUAAUUAAAUCUCAAGAAUCAAUCCCUCAAAAAUUUUUUGGGGCUUUUCAAUAUGAAAAUAGUGACAAUUGGGAGGCUUAUUUGGCUGCUAAAGGUUACAAUGAGGAAAUGAGGAGGACUGUAAAACCCCCAAAACUUACCCGCGUCUUAUUUCCUACCGGUCCAGGUUAUCGAAUGAUGAUUGGACAGGGAUUACAAGGAAGUAGAUGGCUUCCUGGGGCAAAGAAAAAUGCGGAUUGGACGUUCCAACUUGGAAAGGAAUUUAGAGCAAAAUAUUGGGAUGGAAGAGAACAUUUGACAUGUAGUCUUAGGAGCACAAGUGCCCCCAGAAGACUUUCUGUAUGAAAUCAAUCAACAAGGAAAUAUGGAUUUGGUAAUUUAAAAUGCGUAACUUCAAAUCCUUUUAUUUUAGCAUGUCCUAUUUCAAAAUGUUCAUUUGAUACAUCACUACAUUCGGACAGAUUAAUUGUUAAGAGAUUUUAAUUUUUUAUGUUUUCAUGUGAUGUUGGUUGCGUCUCUAUUUUCAAAAAAAUUUUCCGAGUAAUUUGGCGAAGUAUUUAAAAUUGAAAACAAUGACAUUUCAUCCUCGAUUAGAGAAAAUAAAAGAGAAAGUGUAAUGCUUAAGAAACUAAGAAAAAAUAAAGUGGCUAGUUGAGUGCCAGAGAGCGGGCUAGUUUGUGAGAAAUCGAAAUAUUGAUUCUAUCGAUUUUAUAAAAAAUAUUUUUCGAAAAAAUCAAACUUUCAUAAUUAAUUUCAUCAGUUUCUUUGCAGAAGACGAAACUAAAAUUUUGGAAGGCGAAAGAUCUAUUUAUA